GGAGCAUGAUUUUAUCAAACACUGGGACCAUCCCACCAAUCCCGACGUCUGAUCCAACCAAUAAGCAGAUGGACCAGGGAGACAAUGCUGAAAUAGCACAGGAACACCCGCCUAGCGAUUCCAAAUCGACUACGAGCUACUGCAUGGACUUGAAGCCUAUUCCUCGCACAGACGAUGACGACUACGUCAGUCCUAGUUUUACUAGAAAGGAAUCUGAGGCUGUGUAUGUGAAUAAAGACAUGACAGAAGAAAAUGCAGUGCAAAACGAUCAAGACAAUGGUUAUGUAAGUCCAAGUUUUACUCGAAAGGAAUUUGAGACUGUCUUUGUGAAAACAGACAUGAAAGAAAAAAAUGCAGUGCAAAACGAUCCAGACAAUGAUUAUGUCAGUCCUUGUUUUACCCGAAAGAAGUUUGAGCCUGUGUAUGUUAAUUACAGAAUUCAAGGCGCUGCAAGUCGACCAACACCAUGAUUAUAUAAGUCUUAGUUUUACUCGAAAGGAGUUUGAGCCGUUGUAUGUUAAUUACAGAAUGAGGCCACUAAAAAGGAAUCAGAUGGUCCUCAUAAUAUUACUACCCUUUCCAGAGCACAAGAAGAUGAUGAUAAAACAACCACUACAUUCAUGGAAAUGAAAUCUAUUUCGCCUAUGCCGUCUAUGUUUCAUGGUCUUUUCCCAAUGAUAAAAAAGAGUGACACAAUGGGUAAAUCUAAAGUUGUGUAUGCUAACAAAUGAAUAAUGCAACAUGAGAAAUAAUUCAAAG